UUCCGGGUGCUGUUUGUUGUUUCUGCGGAGGCUGGAAAGAAAGUGCGCUGCCGUCACCGCCGCCUCGCCCGGCCCGCUCAGCUUCUUACAACAUGUCUGAGAACUCCAGUGACAGCGAUUCUUCUUGCGGCUGGACCGUCAUCAGUCACGAGGGCUCGGACAUGGAGGCCUUGGCUUCUGAAAACGAAGGGCCGAGUGGUCCUGUGGAGCCGGGCCCGGAAGAAUCUGUGACUCGUGUGCAAGAAGAGCAGCAAGAGCAGCUGGUGGCCUUGCAAGCUGAAUUUGGCCAAAGUAACGCCUCAUCAACGGUGGAUCAAAGCUGCUCCCCCUCUGAGCCAGCCCAAGAGGGGGAGAGAGAGAGAUUGCCCGAGGGAGGUUCUUGCGUGGGGGCAGUUAGUGACGAUUCCGACAUUGCCACCCUCGAAACACCAAAGAUUGAAGAAAUUGGAAGCCUGGAAGACGUUUCCCCUGGGGGGGAGGAGGAGGAGGAGGUGCCCGCCUCUGAAGAUUUUAACAUGGGUUCUUCUUCAAGCAGCCAGUACGCAUUUUGUCGUCCAGAAGCAGCCCCCUGGCUGCAGAUGCUGAGGAGGAAGAUCCCCGCGUACGUGCGUGGCUGGCUUGAGCCACUGCGAGCACAGAUGGCUGCAAGCACCUUGCCCUUCCCAGGUGUCUUCCUACCUCAUCCAAGCGGAGAAGAAUCAAGCAGUGACGAAACAAGCAACCGUUCCAGCCCCACCUUGAGACGCCGGCGGACGAAAAAGAGGCUUGUCUCCAGCUCAGAAUCAGAAGAUGGGCCACCUCGUGAGCAGGAGACUGAGCUGGAGCACAAGCAGUCACACAAGCACCCGUUCAGCAGGGGCCUGAAUCGCUGCAUCGUUCUUGCUUUGGUCAUCGCUGUUAGCAUGGGCUUUGGCCAUUUUUAUGGCACAAUUCAGAUCCAGAAGCGCCAACUGAUGGUUGAGAAAACACACGAAGAUGAGCUGAACGACGUGAAGGACCACCUUCUCCAGUGCCAGCAGGGGCAGGAGAUGGGAGGCGAAUGCAGGUCACUAAAGGAAGGUCUUGCAACAUGCUUGCUUUCAACAGAGAUGGAAAAGAAAUCCUUUGAGUCUCAGAAAUGGACCCUUGCUUCUGAAAACCAGCACCUAAGAGAAUCUCUAGAGAGGGAAGAAAAGGCUUUGGCCCUGCUGCAAGAAGAGCUGCGGAAGCUGAGGGAGCAAAUCAGACAUCUGGAGAACCUUAAAGGCACCGGCACUGGUUCUGUGGUGACAGAAAACCAGAAACUGAAGGCCCACCUGGAAGAGGAGAUGCACAGGAGGCAGAGUUUUGUGCAACAGAAGAAGGCGCUGUUCACCGAGGCACAGAUGCUGCGGCGAGAGUUGGACAAGGAACGUCAGCUGACCGAAGCGCUUCGGGAAGAGCUGGAGAAGUUGAGUUCUCAACAGGCGUCCACUGUCGCUGGCCUGAGUGAGGACCCAAAAGAAGAGAGCCAGGAAAUCAAAGUUCUGAGAGGGAGGCUAGAGGAGCUGGAGAAGAAGCUGAGCUUUGAGCAGCAGCGCUCCGACUUGUGGGAAAAGCUGUACGUGGAAGUGAAGGACCACGUGGAAAAACAAGAACAAUUGGAAAAGCCAGUGAAGAUGGUUGGGAAAGGAGCUGGCAAAGCCAAGAAGAAGCCCAAAGCAACAUUUUUUGGUUCAGUGAAGGAAACUUUUGAUGCCAUGAAGAAUUCAACCAAGGAAUUUGUAAGGCACCAUAAAGAAAAAAUUAAGCAGGCCAAAGAAGCUGUGAAGGAGAACUUGAGAAAAUUCUCUGAUUCAGUCAAGUCCACCUUCAGACACUUCAAAGACACUACGAAAAAUAUCUUUGAGGAAAGGGAGAAGAGAAGGUAUGGUGACAGAAGAGAGGAGGCCACCAAGAAAGCGGCCAUGUCUUCUCAAGCAGGUCCCCACAAGCCACUGCCAUACAGGGCCCCCGGCAGCCAGCGGGAAUUCCGAGAGGCAAGGUGGGGAAAGGAGAGCCGUGCCCCACAUGUCGCCAGAGGGCCUGCCUCGCCACCCUGUAACAGGAAGCACUGUGCUGUCCUCAAGGGCUGCUCGGGCAUUUUUGAUUGUGCUCAUCAGGAAUUUGUUAGUCUGUUCAACCAAGUACUGGAUCCAAUUCGCGCAGAUGAAUUUAAUCAGUUAAUGCACAAGUAUUUGCAACAAGAGGUAGAGAACUUCCAUCACUGGAGAGAACUGGACGUGUUUAUCAGUCAGUUUUUCCGCAACGGCGUUUUCAUACAUGACCAGAUGCUGUUCACGGACUUUGUUAAUGACAUCAAGGAUUAUCUUGAGGACAUGAAGGAGUAUCAGCGUGGCAGGGAGGGGGUGUUUGAGGAUGUGGACAAUUACAUCUACACCUAUUACUUUCAUCAGGAUCCCUUGCCUCAGCAGGGGCCCAGCCAGCUGCCGAAAAGGGCUUCUUUCAUGCCACAGGAAAGACCCUCUCCGAAGUACCAGCAGCGCCACAGAAGAGAAGGCAAGUGGCAUAAACAGGGGCGCUCCCCUGGCAGGCACGUGGCCAACGUGGAGAUCGAGUGGGGCCGGCUGCCCUUGGAUCCCAAAUACUGAUGCCCCAGCCAGGGGGGCAAAGGCAGCCUAGGACAGGGGGGGGCGAGUGCCUGUGCGGGGGCCCAGUGCCAGGGCUCUCUCCUCCCCCAGGAGCAGCUGGGCUUCUCGGUCUGUCCCCCUCUCUCUGUGCCCUUGCCUGGAUGCCUCCUUGGGGAAAGUUCAUUUGGUUGCAUUUCUAAAAUUGCAAUAAAUAAGGGUAUGCAGUAGUUUGUGUGUGUGGAAAACAAGCUUGCUUGGGGAUGCUAGAAUACAGCCUUGAUUCAGACCUCACUCGAAGUAAUCUGAUGUAAGCCAUUCAUCUCGUUUCCAUCCAGAACCAGCCUGCUUUCGUCACUGUGUCUGCUCCUGUGUUGCGGGGGGG